AGCUGGCAGAAUUCGUUAACCGCUGCCAGUGGUUGCCUGUCAUUCGAGGGUCUCUACAAUAAUUCCAGUCAGCUUCGUCAGGACCUUGGUACCAGGUUUUUUCCCCUCGAAGUGGGCCGAACGCAGUGAAAAGAAGGUCGAUUGAGGAUAUUGCGCAGAAAAACCUUACAUAACCUUCCAUAUUCUGAAGGUUUAACAAGAUGAAGUUGCGGUGGGGCUGGAUGUGUGUGUUGCACCUCUCUCUGCUGACUGUGUCCGUGUCCCAGGCUCGGGGUGAGGCUGCGGACGACAUGGAGGCCGAGGAAGCAAUGGUGGAGGACAUCUUAGAGGAUGGCAUUGGGGAUGACUCAGCGGAGAUGGAGGGGGGAGUCGAGGGAGAGGUGGACAGGGAGGCGGAGAAAGGGGCAGGGGAGGCUGAUGCUAACGUCUCGUUCCAGGUGACCUACAGGACUCCAGUUCCCAUCGGAGAUGUCUACUUCUCCGAGACCUUUGACGACGGCUCGCUGGACAGGUGGAAGGUGUCUAAAACGAUGAAAGAGGACGCAGAUGAUGACAUUGCUAAAUAUGACGGUAAGUGGUCCGUGGAGCAGCUGAAGGAGAACAAGGUACCAGGAGACAUGGGCCUUGUCCUGAAGUCCCGGGCCAAACACCAUGCAAUCGCCUCCCUUCUGGACAAACCUUUCGUCUUCCGGGAUGAACCCCUUGUCGUACAGUACGAGGUGAAUUUCCAGGACGGCAUCGAUUGUGGUGGGGCCUACAUCAAGCUGCUGUCCGACGCUGCCGACCUGGACCUGGAGAAGUUCUACGACCGCACCCCCUACACCAUCAUGUUUGGCCCCGAUAAGUGUGGAGAGGACUACAAGCUCCACUUCAUCUUCCGCCACAAGAACCCCCUGAACAAAGACCUGGAGGAGAAGCACGCAAAGAGGGCCGACGUCGACCUCAAGAAGUUUUACAGCGACAAGAAGACACACCUGUACACACUAGUCCUGAACCCAGACAACAGCUACGAGAUCUUCGUGGACCAGGGCAGCGUUAGCCGAGGCUCUCUGCUCCACGACGUGGUGCCGCCAGUCAACCCGCCCAAGGAGAUCGACGACCCCGCUGACUCCAAACCCGAGGACUGGGACGAGAGGGCCAAGAUACCAGACCCUGAGGCCGUCAAACCGGACGACUGGGACGAGGAAGCACCAGCUAAGAUUGAGGACCCGGAUGCCGUUAAGCCUGAGGGCUGGCUUGACGACGAACCAGAGUUUGUGUCCGACCCCACGGCAGAGAAACCAGACGACUGGGACGAGGAGAUGGAUGGAGAAUGGGAGGCCCCUCAGGUCCCAAACCCAGUGUGUGAGACUGCCCCUGGAUGUGGGCAGUGGAAACCCCCUACCAUCAACAACCCUCAGUACAAGGGCAAAUGGAAGGCCCCUCUGGUUGACAACCCCAACUACCAGGGCGUGUGGAGCCCCCGCAAGAUCCAGAACCCCGAGUACUUUGAGGACCUGACGCCGUUCCGGAUGACCCCGGUCAGGGCCGUGGGGCUGGAGCUGUGGUCGAUGACGUCGGAGAUAUACUUCGACAACUUCAUCAUCACCUCCUACAAGGAAGUGGCUGACCGCUGGGCCGGAGACAGCUGGGGACUAAAGAAGCUGGUGGCUAGCGCCAACGAGCCGGGGGUUUUUGCCCAGUUGGCCUUGGCUGCUGAGGAGAGACCUUGGCUCUGGGUCAUUUACAUACUGACUGUGGGGCUUCCCGUAGGACUGGCUAUCCUCUUCUGUUGGCCCAAGAAAUCAGACGAAGAUUACGUGUACAAAAAGGUGGAUCCCCCGAAACCUGAGGUAGAGGAGGAGGAAGAUGAUGAUGAGGAGGAGGAGGAGGAGGAGGAGGAGGAGGAAGAAGAGAAGGAGAACCAAGUGGCUGAAGAGGCCAAUGCUGCAGAGAGUCCAAAAACUGCAGAAAUGAAGGAUGAGAAGGCAGAGGAGGAGGAAGAGACCGGGCUGGGUGGGGGAGACAGUAUAGAAGAAGAUGAGGAAGAUGAAGAAGAUGUGGAGGAGAGAGAAGGAGAGGAGGGAGAGGAGGAAGAAAGGACAAAGUCCAAUGAUGGAGUGUCGGAUGAUGAGGUAAGCGCUGAGCAGAUGAAGGAGGCAGACGAGGCAGUCGGCGAUGGACCCAAACAGGCAGUGAGGAAGAGGAGGGUACGGAAAGACUGACGAGGACGAACGACGACAGAUGAAGCCAUCACUCUCAUCUUUCGCUUCUCUCUCUCUGUGCUCUCUUUCUUUUCUGCAUGCCCUCCUAUCUGAUUGGGGGGGGGGUGCAGUAUCUACGCUCCAACCCUCACCCUCCACCCGAAAACAGCACGGGCGGUCAUUGUGACAAGACUACAGACCCUUGUCCAUCUGUCAAAUAGCAUCCAUCUUUCUUUUCCUUAAUUCCAUUCAUCCCUCCAUAAGCCCUCUUCAAGGGCACCUCCAUCCCAAAGAGACCAGUCGUUCCACCCACACCAAAUAAUUCAUUCCACCACCCACCACCCCCUCUUUUCUUUCCUCCUCAGCCUUCAGUCUUCCUCUCUGAUUAUUACUCCCGGUUUUUGGUUACUGAUGUUUGCCGUCCUUACGUGCCAGUCCAGGCCUUCGGCCCCGUCCCCUGAAAACGGGCUUUGGCUGGAGAGCGGCGCAGCUCCGGAACGGGUCAGGUGUAGCGCACCGCGCAGGGAAUAGGGUGGAGACCUAAGCUGUUGAAACCACGCUGCUGUAUUGCCGCUGCACUGCUGCCGUCCUUCAGGCUGCUCCCCGGUUCGUCUGGUCUCCAGGUCCACGCCUUCGGAGUCCAUUGUUGAAACCCGGGGGUAGGAGUCACUGUUGGUUUUCUAUGGUCAGUGUUGUUGUUGGGUUUCUUUUAUUUUUGAGACCACUGGCGAGCUACUAACGCAUGAACAGGUCUUGCUCCUGAUCGAAGGUCCACAACAGCGAUGAAGGGAUGAUAUUUUAGGGCAGUGAGGUUGACGUUCGGGUGAGAAAAAGGCUGUACCUCAUUAGAUUGGAGGUUUUUCUGAUUUUGAUGAGCUUUUAAAAGGGAGUUCAUGUGUACACUGUCAGUUCUUUGUGUGUGUGUGUGUGUGUGUUUUUUUUUUUUUGUUAUGUAUUUUAAACUGACAAUUGAGGAAAAAGCGGCACUGAUAAUAAAGUUAUAUCUAUUCUAUUUAUUAAUUUAGUUUAAGACUUGUUUCACAACCGGAUUUAAAAAACAUAAUGAAAUAUUACUAUGUAGUUGUAUAUUGUUUUUUUUUUUAAAGUUAUAUUUUAAGCACUUUUUUUCACGUGCAGUUUUACCACUGUUUUUGCUUCUAGUAUGCCGAGAUCAUACCAAUCAACUAGUUUGUUUGCUUCAAAGUCUGCAUGCAACCUCUUAUCAUCCACCUGAGAAAGAUAUUCCAGAAUCCUAACUCCCAAUUCCGGAAUGCAUCAUUAAGAGUUCGCUCUCGUGCUGACAAAUUGUCGUAAGAAAAGGGGUGUGCAGAAUUCUCUCUUUUCAGUUUGUUGUUUAUUCCGUUCUCUCUCCAGCUUUUUCUAGUUCAUGUUCUUGUCUUUUAGCCCGACAGCCAGCGAGAUUUCCCUGUUUUCGUAUGUUUGCAAAAUUGUACAUUGCUCUUGAAAAAUAAAAUAUUUAAUAUGGAAAAAGCA